AUGGCUAAAGCGUCACUCUCUCAUCCAGCCAAAUCAAGAAUGUCCAAUUUAAUGAAAAUAACCUUACAGCAUUAUUUACCUACUUAUACCGUUUUGCGCACUUCAGCACUUGUCAAUGACAAGCAGUUUUAUGAUAAUGGCGAAAAGGUCGUGAGAGACGAUCGCGUACACAAACAAAGCCAUGCGUGCGAAGUGGUCGGUGCGGCGGUGGAGGCGACGGACGCAGACAAAGCCGCGACGGAGCAAGUCGUCGAUCUCCCCCGAAUUAGUCCUGGCCGGGGCGCUGACCUCUGCGGGCCACGCGCCCGCCGCCCGCACCACCGCUCCGUCACUAAUCAGCGUCGUGCGGGACACGCACUACGUCCAUCCCUCGGCAAAACUAAACGCCAUCGAUACUGA